UUGAUUCAACUUUAGAUAAUUGUGUGCUUGACUUCUUUCAUAUAUAUUUGAUAUGUGUUAUACAGGUAACGAUCCAAAAAUAAAAAAUAGAGCAAAAUGGACUGAAUUGCAAAAAAUUUAUUUAGUAACAUUAUUGAAAGAGCACAAUAAUCCUAGAUUUCAUGCUCAAAAUGGUUGGACCAAAGAAGGUUGGUUCAAUAUUUCAAAAGCAAUGAAUGCAAAGUUUCCAAAUGCGCAAUUACAAAUGGAUCAAAUUAAAGAUCAAGAACAACAAUUAAAGAGAGCUUUUCGAUUAGUGAAAUCAUUGACUAAGCUUAGUGGUUUUGGAUGGGAUGCUACCACCAACAUGGUUUCUGCUCCGCAAAAUGUUUGGGAACCUAUUCUAGAGUCUAACAAGGAAGCAAGGAAAUGGUAUAAUAAACCUUUUCCACAUUUCGAUAUGCUUUUCGAGAUUUAUGUAGGUAAAUAUGCCGAAGGAAAGCGUGCUCGUGGAAGUAAUUCUUGUAUUGAAGUACUUCCAACUGAUCCUCCUAUAUCCCAAAUGGACUUACCAUCACAACCAACAUUUCCAAAUCCAAGUAUUCCUGCCCCUGGAGAUUCUACUCGUCGCUUUGAUUGGGAGAACGAAAGUGAAGAAGAAUAUACCGACUUAGCUAAUCUACCAAUGUCUCAAGUGUCUCCUCCUACAAAUUAG